GUGGGGGGUGAGGGGUGAGGGGGGGUGAUCGCUGCACCCUUUACCUAGGUCAGUGGUUAGGACUCCAUAGCAGAAACUCAGACCCGCCUACCCAGGCCCCCAGCUGUGGCGCUGACCACUGCGCUUCUUGGGUGACUCUGUGGAAACCCAGAGAGCUCAGGGGCAUCAGGGGCAUGUGUGGCAGUGCUGGCGUUUUGUUAGCUGGUGGUCAUAAGACAGAAUGCCAGGGCUUCGCUCCUUGGGGGUGCUGGGGAGGAGCUUGGUUGAACUACUGACCAGGUGCUGAUGCAGUGGCCCCUGCCUUGGGCCCCAGGUAGCGGGAGGCUGGUGUCACAGUGUCUUUGGGACCCCAGGCACAGUUUCCCCCUGGCAUGAUACCCUAAGGCUGCGUCUUUGGCCCUGGGGUGGGAGCCCUUUCUGCGUGUGCUCUGGCAGCCCUUGAGGCUGUGUGAGGGCAAACGAUUUACAAAACCCCUUUUUAGGGCAGUCAUCAUUUUUAGAUGAGUUGCUUUACAAACUUCUUUUGCACAUGCAAAACUCUUCUCUGAAUCUCCUCCCAAAAGCAAGCUGUCGAUUUUCUUGCCUCCGAUGUUUAAGGCGACUUUAGGUUAAUGCUACUUGGCUUUAUCUCAUUCGUGGUGGGGAGAGGUAGGCGCCAGCAGCAUCCCAUCCGUGCUGGGUUCCUGAGAGAGGCUUCGACACUUGGCUGGCCUGUCCCUCCUGCGUCGCCUCUCGGGGGUUGGCUACAGAGGCUCGUGGCUCGUCCGGGCUUUCUCGGCAGAGCAGAGUUGUGACCUGCCCAAGGAAGUGGGGGGCGAGCUUGUGAGUACAGCGUCGGGGCUGCCCAGGACCCCCGCCUCCCCCAGGUCUCUAGUUACUCGGAGGGGCCCAGUGCAGCUGUGCCCUAAAGCCCUGGGGACUUGAGGGGAGCGAAGGUGUGCUCUAGCAGCCUUGGCAACCUUGACCUUGUAGAAGUCGUCAACUGUCCCUCCUGGGGUCGCCACUGGCUUCGUUUCACCUCUGUGACAUCACAGGCGUCCCGGGAAGCCUCUCCUUAGUGAAAGGAUCUCCAUGCUGAACUCUGCCCCAGGUACCCGGCGGAGCCCUGCACGUCACCGUGGAUCUGGCCAGACGGCCUUGUCCGUGGGACCUUCCUUUUCCGCCCAGCUCUGCUGCCACGGUGGGCAGGGGGCCUGGGGGCCUGGGAGCGGGUCCUUGCUGGGUGGGAGGCCGGGGUGUGUGGGAAUGCGCGAGGCUCUGUAAACAUCUGGUGACUCACCACAUAGCUAUGUUGUGGCCGGCCUGUGCACUGACGUGCUUACAGCAGAGCUGGAAGCGGUGCCCGCGGCCCCUCCCUCUGACAUGGAAAAGUUUCUCAUGGUGCUCCCAGCCAUAGGCAUCUGCAGGUCCCCACAGUGGCUGAGGCAGCCGAGUCCCGGCUUCUCCACUGUUACACUUGCCCCAGAGUGGGUGUGGAGGAGCCUGGAGCCCACCUGGCCUCCUCCAGGACGGGCUGAUAUUGUCCUGUGCCAUCUACGUCAGUGCCCUGAGAGGAGCUGGCCUUGGCAAGGGCGGCGGGCUCCACAGUCUGGUGUGGGACCGUCUCGCUUAUGCGGUCCUCUGGUUGUGGGGGUGGGUGCGCUGCAGGGCUGGGACCCCAGUCGGAGGCAGGGCUGGAAGGUGAAGGGAUUUGGGCCCGAGGGCUCCCUGGCACAGGGUGGGGGGGUCCUGGGCUGGCAGGGAGGGCAGGAUGGGGUCACCCCCCACCCACAGUGCCCAUGUCCAGGGGAGGUGUUGCCCAAGGACACCGCCCACCACCAUGUGCCACUCUGAUGUUCCUUCUGCGGGAACUCAUGUCUGGUAUUGGGUGUGGGAGUGGGUGUUGUGAACCCCUGUCCUACAAGCAGCCCCGCGCCCUCCGCCCGCCUGUCCCAGCUCCGGGGUACGAAUGAGUUUGUUUACUGCCUGCCAGCCUCGUGAUGUCUGUGCAGCCUGACCUGAAGUCAGGAUCAUUUUUUGGGCUUCUCGGUUUCCAUGACGACCGCGAGGGCUGGCUCGGUCCCAAGGUCGCCAUGGUAACUAUCGGAGGGAUCAUGCCGGGGAUGCUUUGGCUGGGUUUUUCAUGAAUGAUUAGAAUGUGUGACACAAUGCAGACGUGAGGACGGCGGGGGCGGCGGCGGAGACGGCUCCCGCCAGACAGUCUAACACUCGGCGAGGCAGCGGCUCCCCACCUCCCAGGUCUCUGGCUGUGGCGCCCGACCCACUGCCCCUCAGGGGCCCCACAGCCCCUCGGGCCGCAGGGUCUUCGUUCGGGGGCAGCUUAGGUGGAGGUGGUGAUGUCACAGCUACAGCGGCUGGGGCCGUGGUAGGUGACCUGUGGCCUGCGGGGAGGGUGGGGCAGGAAGGCGGCUGGGGCCUCACCCAGGCCCACCUUGGGGGAAACCGGCGAUGGCAGGGGCUCCGCUGAGGCCCCCUCUCAGGGAUCCAGGCUGCAUCCGGAGCACUGGAGUCUUUACCAGGGUAGGGUCGCUGUCCAGUGGGGCCUUGGGGCCAGCACAGCCGUCUUGGGGGAGGGAGGUUUCGCCAGCGGUCACUUUGGUCUUCGGGAUGGAGCACCUUGUGUCGCGCGGGUGUAGACGUCUCGUCUGACCUCAGGGAGAGUCAGAGCAGGAAGCAGCCACUGCUGGCACCUGCUGGUCACCCCACAGCGCCGGUGGCCACAGCCCAGGCCCACAGGGCAGCAGGGGGCUGCAUGUGGCUAUUAGGCUCUGGGGUGGGGGGUCCCAGCCACUCUUCGGACAGUGCUAGAGCGUGAGGUGUGGCCAGGCCACCUCCUGGAACCCUGGGCAGAGGCAGAAGCUGGGCCAGGAUGCCCUGGGGAGCCCCUCAGGACGGGCCGGAUGGUGCCCCGUCUUGUUUUCAGGGUGCUGUGAUCAUCCAUCCCAGGCUGAGGAGGUCCCUGCGUGGGACGUGGCCACCCCGUCAUGCACCUCCGGCCCUGACCUGCACUGGCUUCUCUGCUUGCCUGUGUUUUCCAGCAACGAGUUCCAGAGAGCUCUGUCCUGGUGACUGUGCCCAGGUUAUGACGACUAAUCCCAAACCAAACAAGGCAUUAAAGGUCAAGAAGGAGGCGGGCGAGAACGCCCCGGUGCUCAGCGACGAUGAGCUGGUGUCCAUGUCAGUGCGGGAGCUGAACCAGCACCUGCGGGGCCUCACCAAGGAAGAGGUGACCCGCCUAAAGCAGCGGCGGCGCACACUCAAGAACCGUGGCUACGCGGCCAGCUGCCGCAUCAAACGGGUGACGCAGAAGGAGGAGCUGGAGCGGCAGCGCGUGGAGCUGCAGCAGGAGGUGGAGAAGCUGGCGCGUGAGAACAGCAGCAUGCGGCUGGAGCUGGAUGCGCUGCGCUCCAAGUACGAGGCGCUGCAGACCUUCGCACGCACCGUGGCCCGUGGGCCCGUGGCACCCUCCAAGGUGGCCACCACCAGCGUCAUCACCAUUGUCAAGUCCGCCGAGCUCUCCUCCACCUCCGUACCCUUCUCGGCCGCCUCAUAGUGCCUACCAGAGGCAGGGGGCGGCAGGCAGGCGAGCAGUGUCGCACCCCUCAAGCCUGUCACGGGGACGCACUUUCAACAUCCAAGUCCAAGCGCAGGCCCCUCACGUGCAGGCAGCUCAAGCCGGGAUGAAACUGUGGUGCAGGGCGAGGAGUGGGCUCCAGUGAGCCCACCGGUCCACAUGCACGCAUACGCACCCACUCACGCGUGCCCCCGGCUCCCUGCAGGAUGUGUCCAUGUGUGGGAAUUGGUGUCUUGUGCCCGUGGGAGUCUGGUUGGAUUGUUCCUUCGGGAAGUUCCGCUGUCCCCUGCAGGGGCUGCCAGGAGACACGGCCCCAGAAGUCAGGCCCCUGUGGCUGGGUCAGCAUGUGGCUCGUCUUCCACUCCUGCCGUGAACAGCUAUCAACACCUGUCCUGCCACAGCCCUCCAGCUGGUGUGGGGGCCCCUCGCUGCCCUGACCAACUCCACAGCCCCCGUGGAGGGGCGUGGAUGGUGCGUCCGUCCUUCCAGCUGUCCUGUUGGAGUGGCUGUGACCUGCUUCUGCCUUAGCAGAGGCCUGCAGGUGUGGGAGGCCACCUGCGUGGGGUGGCGUGUCUGUGUGUGCACGCGGGUGUGUGCAGGCACGCCUGGCAUCACAGCACUGGGGCUGAGGGGGGCAGCUUGCUGGCGUUCACCAAGGGAGGGCCUGUGGGCACGCGUGGCAGAGAAUGGCUCAUACAUUGUGAGGUCUCUGUGCUCUAAUGAUCGGAGGAGAUCGAAUAGCACAGAAGCCCCCUGCCCAUGGGAGCCAGCCGCCCAGACACGGACCCUGCAGACUGUCAGAUCUUGGUGGAGACAGGCAGGAGCAUCCAAUCAGGUGACAGUGAGCAGGACUCAGGCUCUGUGUCCUGGAGCUGCUUCUCGCCAGCUGUGGUCAGUGCAGGGGGAAUGAGGAGGUCUUUUGGGGGCCUGGGGAGGGGAUGCAGCCUGGGGGAUGUUGGUGGACGUGGACGUGGAGGUGGGAGGGAGGAAGUCUCGUGGGGUGGCAGAGGAGGCGGGAGCUGUGUUCGAGAGCGGGUGGAGAGCCUUCAGGGGCAGGACCAGGACGCCCCUUGGUUGUAGAGGAGCUUGGGAGUGGGCCUGGCACUCCGGAGGGCAUGACGGGCUGGGCAGUGGCAGGCACCAGGCCAGGAGAACCUCAUGGAUGUGGUUCCUGCGUGCAGACCGCCAGGAGCACAGCCACGGGCUGCAGGCCCUCAGCACUCAGUCCUCAUUCAGAGCCUUCGCCUGCUCCUCCUUCCCAGAGCACCGAGGCACCAGUGGGGUUGACACGUCACCUUGGGCUUCCUUUCCUGGAGAGCCGCUUGAGGGUCCUUCCUGUGACUGGGGCCUCCACGGCGGGAGCCGGGGGAUCGCAGAGCCCCUGCCUGGGGGAGCUGGCAGAUGCGAGCCCCAUCUGGGGCUGCCACGUAGGACAUGCAAUGUGGUGCCUGGGGCCCCGGCUCCCUCUCAGUGGCCCAUGCCCACCUGGUAACACCCCCCACCAGCUGCAGACCCCCGGCCAGUGCCAGCCACACUGGGAGGUCGCAAUACAGGCAGCCCCAGGGCUGCGACUUGGUUUUGCAUCUACUGUUAGAAGUGAGUGGGAAUCUGCAGGCCCGCCAGGGCCACCGGGUCCCAACAGAGCAAAGGGCUGCACGUUCCCAAACAGCCGUUGCCCCCAUGGCCGUGGUAGGUAAUCCAUAUUGGAUGUCAUAAGGACCAGGGGGAUAUUUAAAGAGAGAAACAAAAUAUAUAGAGAUAUAAAAUUAUAUUCACAGUUUAUCUACAGAUUUUUCGUAACAAUCUUUGUUUUCCAGUUUGAUACUGUAAAUCUAUCAGCAGAUCAGCAGAGCUGCGGGCGCGGGCACGGUGGGAGUUGGGAGCCCCAGGCCGCCUGCCGUCCCCGCCCCCUCCUGUCUUCCCACGGACCACACCAGGCCACUGGGCCCCGCAGGACAGGCCACAGCGGGUGGCCGGUUCUGUCCCGUCUUGAGGUUCUUGGCAUCCACGUCUUGCGGGCCAUGGGCGUCUACCUGCCUUGGCCUGCGGUGCCUUGCCAGAGAGGGAACUCCCCGCCCCCGGCCCCCAGGGUAGAUGGAGCCCGUCACCGUCCAGGGCCGGGCCAGGGAAGGACGGCGUGUUCUGCUUUUCCUUCCAGAUUGUUGAAAUUUCGUUGUCAUGAUUUAAUAUAUGGAUUUUUUUUUUUUUUUUUUUUUUAUUUAAAAGACGAAGGCCUCUUUGUCGAGUGGGUUUGUUUUUUGUCUCCGUGCCUCCGGCUUCCCAAAGAGAUCCAGGUCUUCGAGUUUCCCAGGCGUGGGGACUCCUGCCCCCGCCUCCAGACCGCCUCACCCUGGCCUCUGUGCUACUGGGCAGUUCCAUUUCAAUAUUUAUUUUUGUGUUGCUUUUUAUCAUGAUAUAAAUUAUUGAGAACAGAUCACAUGUGGGCCCGUGUCUGGCCGCCGCCGCCCGGCCCCGUCCCUGCGGCCACCACCUAAUUUAUUGCCAUGCGUCCUGCUGCUGUGAACGCUUUUGUACCUUUGCAAUAAAGAAUUUUCUGGUUUCAGA